AUGUUUAACUUCAGUGCUUCUCUAUCUUCCAAGGAGCCAGCACCAAAGAAGGGUUCCAUACAGUCUGGAGAUGUUUCUGAGAAAUCGAAGGGUCUUGGUAAGAAAGAUACAAAGACUGUAGGAAACCUUUAUAUAAUCACUUGUAUCAAAAAAAGACUAAUGAUUCAACAGGCACCUUCAUCUACUCCAUCAACAGGUGUAUCAUCUGAAAUCCAAUCUCUCCCAGUAGCCUCAACCGCUAAGAGAUCUCAGAAUUUGGCAUCAACUGCGGCACCUCAACCAACUCAAAGCUCUCCUUCAGUCUUCACCAACAUUUCUGACGGAGCCAAAUCCCGUCGUCGAGGCGCACCUGUCGCUUCUAGUGUUGAAACCACAAUACAUCAAACCGCAUCAUCUUUACAGUCUCCUGCGGCAGCAGCUACAAAAUCUGGCAAGUCUAGAUCAUCAAUUGUAGCGAAAUCGAUGCCUGUGGCAAAGAAAGUAGUUAGCACCAGAAAAAAGAGCGACAAGCUUGCAACUGCACCAUUAUCCUCAUCUGUCAAGAAAGUGCAAGGCACUGAAGUCAACAUAAAGGAGGAAUUAAAGCAAGAGAAAGUGGAGGCUCCUAAGCAGCCAAAGUUCGUGGUCGAAGUAAGUCGAUCUCUUGCAGUAGAGCUGGAUCUAGAGCAAGACGCAUUGUUGGAAAAAGACAUGGAUGAGCAUAUGGCUAACGUUGAUCCCAAGGUUGCUACUGCAGUCAAGGCGCAACAGCAAAGAAAUCACGGAUUUUUCAGGGAAUCCAACAAACAAGAUGUGAAAUCGGAUAAAACGUCAGUUGAAGAUAAUGGCUUUGGCGUGUUUAGAGAUAUCCAAAAGACUAUCAAACUUCAACCUUCUCCAAACUCGAUGGACGAUGCAGGCUUUGACGAGCUUGAGAUGGACUUGGAGAAGGCUUUUGAGGCCCGAAAACAAUUACAGUUAGCUACCGAAGCUUCGCUUGCUUUCCACGAUGGAUAUGUUCCAUCAUCAAACCAGCAGUCAGUCGAUUCCACCGACGAAUCUCCAACCAAAGGCGGCUCUACCGGAAGCGAAGACCCAGCCAUGCAACAAGAUGACUUUGAAAUCAACAGCCCCUCUACUAGCACUAACUCAAGUACCAAUACCAAUACUACUGUCGCAACCAGCGCCCCCUCUUUAUUGGAUCAAGACACUACAUCUCCACCAGUUCCAAAGACUAUUGGUGGAUUUGCACAAGAUUUUCAGUUUGCUAGGGACAGAGACUAUGAAUUCGAUAUGUCUGAUGAAGAUGAGGAUGAUGAUGUUAUCAUACCUAAAGAUAGAACACCAAAUCCAUCUCCGGUUCUUCCUCUCCAUGCCGAAGAAGGUGAUAGUCUUGAGGAUGCAGAAUUAGAACUGGAAUUGGAACUGGAACUGGAACUAGAAUUGGAACGGCAACUGGAACAGGAGUUGGAACAGGAAUUAGAGCUUCAGGUUCAAGCAUCCGAGGCAACUGCCCAAGAAAGUGAGAUAACACAAUCCGCACCAUCACCCGAUUCUUCUUCCUCAUUGGAUGCAAUUGCAAAACAACAGGAAAGUUUACUUGCUCAGACUCUUGAACAGGACCACUCAAACGAAAAUCUUUCGGAAAACAUCUCCAAGCCUUGUGAGAACUCAACUAAGCCUACCAAUGAUGCUUUGGACAACCACUUUGAAGAUGAAAUGAAGGGCAAUGAGCCGUCCCCGGCGGACACUUCAUUGAAGGAAUUUAAAGAUACCUCAGCAUCUGUACAGCAGCUUUCGCCGCCUUCCUCUAAUAAAGACAAUAUUUUCGACUCUGAUGGAAAACUCAACAAUCAAGUCGGAGCUGAUAUUCCUUGCCCCGAUGAAUUUGGAGCGAAUAUUGGACCUUAUGUUGGUCCAGAUGGAUUCAUUGGGUUACCUCCGCUUGAUGAUACUACUGAUGCAGCUUGUUUAUCUGACGAAUCCGACGACUCUGAUGAUUCUGAUGACGAGGACAUCGAAAUGUUAGAAAGUAGUCCAUCUGAGGUUAUUAUUAUAGAUGAUGCACCAGAGACCGAGGGUAUCACGAUGAUGGAUGCAGCCGACGAGGAGAUUUACCGGAAACAUAGGGUUCAACCAGAGCUGUCUGACGUAGUCGUAGAGGAAGGUUCAAUUGACUUCGAAAAGCUAAAAGCCGAAAAAAUAGCUGCCAGGAACGAACUCGACAUUCUGCAGGAAGAGGCUCAGUUCGAGAUUGUAAUAUCGUUCGAUCGUGCAGCUCUCCUACGAGACUUAGGUAUCUCUAAGGGGCGCAUCACCAGCUACAUGAAAGUCAACCGAGGAUACGAGCCUCAUAUUGGUCCAUGGCCUACCAAACGAGCUGAAAUUGGGAUGGAGAUUGAUAGUAGCAAUGACGAAUCUUCAGAUGAUGAAGAGUUUUAUGAGGAAGAUGACAAGGUGAAGCAUUAUCAGGGAUUUCAAUACAGGAGAUUUGAAUUUGACCCCCUUGAUACCACCGUUGCUGACUCUAAUGCUCAUCCUUUUGGUCCUAUCUAA